CUCGGCCCCCGCCCCCCCGGCGCCCGCCCCGGCCCCCGCCCCCCGGCCGCGGCCGCUGCCGGCGCACUCGCCGGUCGCUGUGAAAAGGCACAGGCGGCGGCCGUUCCGGCUCCGCUCGGGUCCCCAGCGCCUACCCGCGCCCGCACUUCUCUUUCUUUGGCUGCCCGCACCCGCCAAACUUAAUGUGACCCCAGCCCAAGACGGCGGCUGCCCCACUCACUGCCCCGCACACCUCCCCCACCCCCUCCACCCCGCACUCCCCGGAGCGCACGGGCCACUGACCACCCCCCUCCCCCCACUCCACUCGGGGCCCCGGCGCCGCUCCCUGCCCCCUCCUCUUGCCUCUCUCCCUCCCUCCUCAGCCCCCUCCCGCACCAUGAGCAACCUGAAGCCGGACAGCGAGCACAGCACCAGCACCGGCACCGGCACCGGCAUCGGCGGCAGCUUGGAAGAGGAGGUCCGGACACUGUUUGUCAGUGGCCUCCCUGUAGACAUCAAACCAAGAGAACUCUAUCUUCUCUUCCGGCCAUUUAAGGGAUAUGAAGGCUCACUGAUCAAACUCACAUCUAAACAGCCUGUAGGUUUUGUGACCUUUGACAGCCGUGCUGGAGCAGAAGCAGCCAAAAAUGCAUUGAAUGGUAUUCGUUUUGACCCCGAGAAUCCACAGACCUUAAGAUUAGAGUUUGCCAAAGCCAAUACUAAAAUGGCAAAGAGCAAGCUGAUGGCAACACCAAAUCCCACCAGCAUUCACCCUGCCCUAGGCGCACACUUCAUCGCACGGGAUCCCUAUGACCUAACAGGAGCUGCUCUGAUCCCCGCUUCUCCGGAGGCCUGGGCCCCUUACCCAUUAUACACUACGGAGCUGACCCCUGCCAUCCCACAUGCUGCAUUCACCUACCCAGCUGCUGCUGCUGCCGCCGCUGCCCUGCAUGCUCAGAUGCGCUGGUACCCUCCCUCUGAAGCCACACAACAAGGAUGGAAAUCUCGUCAGUUCUGUUAGUCCUUCAGUAAGUGCCAGUCCUGAGGAUGAAUGAUGCUCUUCUUGCUUCCUUCUCCCCUCCUCUUCCCCAGUCCCAAGCCCUUGAACACCUGGUGCCCUUGAUCUGUAUUUAUUUCAUUGGAUGGUUAAUGAGCAGAUGCUCUCCAUCUCUCCUUGUGUUCAGGAUCUAUGGGCUGCAAAUGUCCAUGCCUUCUAACAAAAGAAAGGAGUCUUUGACCUUCAAACCCCAGGCGUUGGCCUAGGCUCUGAGCCUCACCAUUGGAGUUGCCAGUUAGUACUGGGCAUUUAAGUGGCUCAGGUGGCUAGAGUGCUGGCCCUGGACUCGGAAAGACUCCAAAUUCUGCCUCAGAUAUUUAUUAAGCUGUGUGACUCUGGGCAAGUCAUUUUACUUCCAUUAGCCUCUGUUUUAUUAUCUAUAGAAUGGGGAUAAGUAAUAAUUACCUACCUCCCAAGUUUGUUGAGGAUAAAAUGAGUUAAUAUUUAUAGUUUUGUUUUGUUUUUGGUUUUUUUUUUUUUUUUUGCAAACCUUGAUGUGAAAUACUAGCCAUUAUCAUUGUUUUGGGGCCUCAACAGUUUCUUAUCACAAAAACCGGAUGUACCCUUAUGUCAUGGUAUGCGCCCCCACACACAUUUUUUUUUUUUAAGUAACACCCUAGUCUUCACUCACCACCACCCUAUUUCCCUUCUCAGGUCUUGUCACAACAGCUUGAAAGCCCCAGUCUGAGUUCCCACUGGAGCAUCCAGCUGGGGAGAAAGCCAUAGAGUCCAUUUGCAAAUUGUUUUGGUGGGCACCAGCAUUGGUGCUCCGCACUUCUGUCACCUCUGGUGGCCCUCAUGGGGUGCUGCCAUCUGUCCCACUCUCCAAAGACUGUGAAUUAUGAAACCAACUUAAUGGACUCUGUCCCACUUUUUUUUUCUUUAUUUCUUACUUCCCAUUCCCACCCUGCCCUGAGGCUCUCCCAAAGCCUGGCUAGAGGGGCACAGGGUUCUUUGGCUGAGAUGAGGAGGCUCAGGGCUGUGGCCAGUGGUGGGACAGAGCUGUUUCCAGGCCUUAGGCGCCCAAAUCGUUUUGUUUCUGCAGUUCUGCUUAAAGGAAACAAGACAUUUAAUUUUGCAUGUUUUCUGGCAUGAAUUAAGACAUUUAAACUUGUGUAUGUGCGAGUGUACAGUUUGUUCUAGCGUUAGUGUCACCAUAGCAACAAGUUUUGGCCCACUUACUGGUCCAUCAUUCCACGCCCCCUCUCUGCACCCCCCCUCCCCCAUUAUCUGUGAAGAGAAGACUUGGCUUUUAAACUGAGAAACGCUUAGCCCUCCUAGUCUUUCACUUCCCCUGCUUGGGCAAAAUUAAGGAAAUACCUGUCCUGUGAUGCGCUGGGUUUUCUCUUACAUUUUGCUUCAAGGUCCUCCUCUCUCUCCUCUCAUGGGGUCUCCCCAGAGACCAGUUGUCAGAUAAAUCUGUGUCCCCUCUCCACUUCCCUAUCUUGCCAGUUGCUGUUAUCCUUUCUGAACUUCCAGACAACCAAAAAAGUGCAAGUAUUUUUAUACCAUGUGUAACAAGGCUAUAUUUAUGCAUCAUAAAAGAUUUCUUGUGUGUUUGUGUGCAAUUAAUAAAGAGAAAUGAUUAGCCCUGUCAGAUAAGUUAAUGUUUAGUUUGAAGUUUGAAGAAAGGAGAUUCUGUUCUUUGAUAAGCAUUUUUUGUCAGACAUUAGUUUAAAAAAAAAAUGAAGGAAACAAAUUGUGCAAUUUCAUUUUGUUUUUGUGAACAUAUGCCAUAUUACUGCUUGGUCCUGAAGUGCUUUACCUAUUACCUACAGCCGUCUUGCUUGUAUUCAGACUUUGGAGAAUAGGUUGCUGUUAUCAUUGCUGAUCCUAUGAGAAUGUGAAACUGGAUAAUAUAUGAAAUGCAAAAUAAAGUAUCAUCCAAGGUGA